AUGUAUGUGAAAUGGUUUGAUACAGUAAUGUUUUACUAUGUGAUUUUAGUGAUUUUAGUGAAUGUCACUUUUACAACUUUCAAAUUUCCCGCCGUUCCAUCCCCCGUAUGUCCCGGGGACGGAACCCAGAUGGGAGAUGCCAGCAUCCGCCGGAUUACAUUGUCGGGGACACUGCAGGAGGGACAUCGCGAAAGCGCAGGACAAAGUAAGUGAUUGAGGGAUCCCGAAGCAGAGCCACAUGGUAAGCCCGAGUGUAGCUCGGGGUUACCGCUUGUGCUACACUCGGGAAUACCGCCAGGGAGCUUA